AGAGUGGAUCCCAUACACAUACCGCACACCACCCCGGACCAAGCCAAUGGAGGCGAUAGAACCGUCGGAUCCAGAAGCACACUUUACUCUCACAGUGAAGGUCAGAUGAGUGAAAUGAUCAUGAUCUGCUCCAUGUAAUGUAAACAUGGCUUUUAUUUCCGUCCGUGCGAGGAAGAGGAGGUGAGAGCGGUGGUGGUGGAAGCUCAAGACUGACGGUGCAGGGAAGGAGGGGGCCCGCCGCCUUGUUGUCUAAGAGGAUCAAGAAAAAGGGAAAACGAUCUAUUUUUAAGCCGGCUGUUUGGACUCUCCUCCAGUGACACCAUGAGCACCGGGCCCGACGAGAGCUCGGUGCGCGUCGCCCUGAGGAUCCGUCCUCAGCUGGCCAAAGAGAAGCUGGAGGGCUGUCACAUCUGUACCUAUGUGAUGCCCGGGGAGCCACAGCUCGUGCUGGGGAAGGAUAAGGCCUUCACCUACGACAAUGUCUUCGAUAUGGACUCCCAGCAAGAGGCCAUCUACUCCCACUGCACAGAGAGACUUAUAGAAGGCUGCUUUGAGGGCUACAACGCCACAAUCUUUGCAUAUGGACAGACCGGUUCAGGGAAGACCUACACCAUGGGAACCGGCUUCGACGUCAACAUCGGAGAGGACGAGCUGGGUAUUAUUCCUCGGGCUGUCAACCACCUGUUCAGAGGGAUCGAGGAGCGCAGACAGGCAGCCACCGAGCAGGGCAAACCGGUCCCCGAGUUCAAGAUCAAUGCACAGUUCCUGGAGUUGUACAACGAGGAAGUGGUGGACUUAUUCGACUCGACUCGAGACAUGGAAGCCAGGAAGCAGAGAUCUAACAUCAAAAUCCACGAGGACGCAAACGGAGGAAUCUACACAGUGGGGGUCACCACUCGCACUGUCAACUCUGCAGCAGAGAUGAUUCAGUGUCUUAAGCUCGGUGCUCUGUGUCGAACCACCGCCAGCACGCAGAUGAACGUCCAGAGUUCACGCUCCCACGCCAUUUUCACCAUCCACCUUUGCCAAGUCCGAGUCUGCUCGUCUGAAAACAGUGAUAAUGAGACAGACAACCGUUUAGCUAACAACUCAGACAUUAAUGAGUUUGAGACUCUGUCAGCCAAGUUCCACUUUGUGGACCUGGCUGGUUCUGAGAGACUGAAGAGAACCGGGGCGACAGGUGACCGAGCUAAAGAAGGCAUCUCCAUCAACUGUGGGCUGCUCGCUUUGGGGAAUGUCAUCAGUGCUCUGGGAGACCGAAGCAAGCGCUCCACCCACGUGCCUUACAGAGACUCCAAACUGACCCGGCUCUUACAGGACUCACUGGGUGGCAACAGUCAAACCAUGAUGAUCGCCUGUAUCAGCCCAUCAGACCGGGACUUCAUGGAGACCUUGAACACUCUGAAGUAUGCAAACAGAGCUCGAAACAUUAAGAACAAGGUGAUGGUGAAUCAGGACCGGGCCAGCCAGCAGAUCAGCGCCCUGAGGACAGAGAUAGCUCGACUUCAGAUGGAGCUGAUGGAGUAUAAAACGGGAAAGCGUAUGGUGGGUGAAGACGGCAUGGAAGGCAUCAACGACUUGGUCCAUGAGAACGCCAUGCUGCAGACGGAGAAUGACAACCUGAGGGUGAGAGUGAAAGCCAUGCAGGAGACCAUCGACGCUCAGAGAGCCAGACUCACACAGAUCCUCAGUGACCAGGCCAACCAGGUUCUGGCUAAAGCAGGCGAAGGCAAUGAAGAGAUUGGGAACAUGAUUCAGAACUACAUCAAAGAAAUUGAGGAGCUCAGAGCUAAACUUCUUGAAAGUGAGGCAGUGAGUGAGAAUCUCAGGAAGAAUUUGUCUCGGGUCUCGACUCGCUCCUCGCUGUACGGCGGCCCUGGCUCCUUCUCCUCCCUCCUUGCCCCGGAGAAGGGGGCCAGUGAUGUCAUUGAGAUGGCCAAGAAAGACCUGGAAAAGCUCAAGAAGAAGGAGAAGAAGAAGAAGAAGAGACUAAGACGAUAUGAAGACAAUCACCACCAUGAGGUUGAACACAACAGUGUUGUCAAAGAAGAAGUGCCGGACAACGAGCAGGAGCAAGGCAACGAUGAUGCAGAGGUGGAGGGCAGUGACCAUGAAGAAUGUGAGGAUGCAGAUGGAGAGGAGGAGGACUUUGAUAUGGUGGGAGAUGAGACAUCUGAUGAGUCUGACUCUGAAGAACUGGAGGAGAAAGACAACGUCCAGGCGGACCUUGCCAACAUCACCUGUGAAAUCGCUAUCAAGCAGAAGCUGAUAGACGAGCUGGAGAACAGCCAGAGGCGUCUGCACACUCUGAAACAGCAGUAUGAGCAGAAGCUGAUGAUGCUGCAGAACAAAAUCAAAGACACACAGCUAGAGAGGGACAAGGUUCUCCAUAACAUGGGUUCAGUGGAGUCCGGUACUGAGGAGAAAGCUAAGAAGAUCAAAGCUGAGUAUGAAAGGAAGCUGAGCUCCAUGAACAAAGAGAUGCAGAAGCUCCAGUCAGCUCAAAAGGAGCACGCCCGCUUACUAAAGAACCAGUCACAGUACGAGAAGCAGCUCAAGAAACUGCAGGUGGACGUGACCGAGAUGAAGAAGACCAAGGUGGCACUGAUGCGUCAAAUGAAGGAGCAGCAGGAGAGAAACCGAGCCCUGGAGUGCAGGAGGAACAGGGAGAUCAGCUCUCUGAAGAAAGACCAGCGCAGAGCAGAGCACCAACUGAAGCAGAUGGAGGCCCAGAAGAGACAACAAGAGUUGAUUCUGCGCAGGAAGAAUGAAGAGGUCACAGCACUGAGGCGGCAGGUGAGGCCUCUGUCUGGAAAGGUGAGCAGGAGGGUGAGCUUACCUGAUCCUCACCAUGAGCCAUCACAAAGAGCCACACCAGGAAGGAUGCACACCUCUGGAGCAUCACAAUCCAAUGGAGCGAGGAGUUCCCCUGUGCGGAUGAGAAAUAUUUACCUGAGCAGAACUGCCCGGGCUAAGUGGCAGACACUGGAGAGACGUGUCAGUGACAUUAUCAUGCAGAGGAUGACAAUCUCUAACAUGGAGACGGAUAUGAACAGACUACUGAAGCAACGGGAGGAGCUAACCAGGCGGAGGGAGCGCGUGUCCAAAAAGAGAGAAAAGAUGGCUGUGGAGGGUGCAGACGCUGACCGCUCCCUGACCUCCCUGAAUGAGGAACUGGAGUCUCUAAGCGCCAACAUAGACUAUAUCAAUGACAGCAUUGCUGACUGCCAGGCAAACAUCAUGCAGCUGGAGGAAGCCAAGGAGGAGGGAGACACGGUGGAUGUUAAUGCAGUGAUCAGCUCCUGUAAUUUAUCAGAGGCCCGCUUCCUGCUGGACCAUUUCAUGACUAUGACUAUCAAUAAGGGUCUACAGGCAUCUCAGAAGGAAUCCCAGCUGAAGGUGAUGGAGGGCAGGUUAAAGCAGACAGAGAUCAACAGCGCCACUCAGAACCAGCUUCUGUUCCACAUGCUGAAGGAGAAAGCUGAAAUCAAUCCUGAGCUGGAUGCUCUGCUCGGCAGCGCCCUGCAGGAGUUAGGUUACCUGUCACCAGAAAAUGGAGAUGACAGCAGUAGUGACGAGUCUACUCCCAGUCCAGCCACAGAGGGCAGCACACUGGCAUCAGAUCUAAUGAAGCUCUGUGGUGAAUCCAGACCAAGAAGCAAGGCUCGCAGGCGAACCACCACCCAGAUGGAGCUGCUUUAUGCCAGCAGUGGAGAUCCGUCAUGUGAAUCCCCAACUGGAGACUUCCAAAGCCCUCUGCUGGCGGUCUCAGAGCGCCUGGAUGGGUCAGACUCACAGGGUCACAUGCUCGUUCAAACCCCUGAUCGGGAACGAGCUGUUUCCCCUUCUGCACUGUCUGCCAGGCCAGUUGGCCUCUCUGGAUCCAGGUCACCAACGGGGACUGAGAGGAGGCAACUGGAGCGCUCACCCCUAGCCCGAAGAAAGUUGCAAGAGAGAGGAGCCACAGCGACACACAUUCCAGCACCCACACACACACCAAGCACAGCAGAGGCUAAAACAAAAGGCAACGACUACAAAACACUGUUGGAUGAGCCGCCUGCAUUUGAAGGACACAGAGGUGUUAUCAAUCCUGUGACUGCCCCGAAGAACAGCCGAGCAGCCAAACUCCAGUGUGUGUAUGUGGCAGAGGGGCACACCAAACCCGUUCUCUGUGUGGACGCCACAGAUGAUCUGCUCUUCACAGGUUCCAAAGACCGUACAUGUAAAGUGUGGAACCUGGUUACUGGUCAGGAGAUCAUGUCCCUGACAGAUCAUCCCAGCAGUGUUGUCUCUGUCAGGUACACUUCUAGCCUCGUCUUCACAGUGUCCACAGCUUACAUUAAGGUCUGGGACAUCCGAGACUCUGCCAAGUGUAUCCGCUCACUUACGUCAUCAGGUCAGGUGGGUUCAGGUGACAUCUGUUCAUCUCCCAGGAGUUUAACUAUCCCACCAGGAGAGAGUCAGAUCAACCAGAUCACUCUCAACCCAAACGGCUCCUUUCUUUACGCUGCUGCCGGCAACGCUGUACGCAUGUGGGAUCUCCGCAAGUUUGUGUCCACAGGAAAGCUUACUGGCCAUUUGGGACCUGUCAUGUGUCUGACUGUUGGCAAAUUUGGUAACGGACAAGAUGUCGUCCUCACUGGCUCCAAAGACCAUCAUAUCAAAAUGUUCGAGGUGGCAGAGGGAGCUCAAGGAAGCAUCAGCUCCAGCCACAUGUUUGAUCCUGCUCAUCAGGACAGUGUGGAGUCUCUGGCUCUGCAUGGAGAUGUUUUCUACAGCAGCUCCAGGGACCACCACGUCAAGAAGUGGGAUUUAGCAAGUAAACGACUGCUUCAGCAGUCUGUCAAUGCACAGGCAGACUGGGUCAGUGCUCUAGGUGUAGUGCCGGGCCACCCGGUGCUUCUGACCGGGUGCAGAGGAGGGCUGCUGCGGCUCUGGCACACUGACUCCCUUACAACCCUUGGAGAAGUCCAGGGACACGACAGUCCCAUCAACGGUCUGGCCACCAACAGCAGCCAACUGUUCACCGCCUCAGAUGACCGCACAGUAAAGAUUUGGGAAGCCAAAGGAUCUCUUGAGGAAGGACUUUACUGACAGAAGACUUCUAAUAUCACCACACUGACCUGACAUGAUGGAUCAUCUGCUGGCCUUUACUGAAUCAAAACAACUUCUUUAAGCAUUUAAAGCAUUUCACAUGACUUGAUGAAAUGUUUGAGGCCUGAACGUCUGCGUCUUGCAUUGAAGAAAUCAUCUCUAAACAUCACUGAUCCUUACUUGAUGCUCCAUGUGGAUCAGUUUCAGGGAAGUCCAGUUAGAUGCAACUGGUCUUUUUUUCUUUUAGCUAAUCAAGACAGAUCACAGUGGAUCCUCUGAGGUACCCAGAUGAGUUUCAAGCUCUAGACUGACUGCUAUGGACAGCAACUUUCAUAACAAAUACAAUACAUUUAAAGUAAAAAAUAUGAAUAACCAAUCCAGGAUUAUCUACUGUGCUUUCAACAUUCCUAUCUCCAGUUCUGUCCAAGACAACAUGGAUACCUGCUAUGCAUAAUGUGACUUUUCUCACAGCUGCUGGGGAGAAAAGUUUUAUGGCAUGUCUUGCUUCCUUUUGUCUAUUACUGUUCAUCAAAACUAAAAAGAGGAGAAGAGUCUGUGUGUGAAGAUAGGUCAUGGCGCUCUCUUGCUCGCCAGCAAUAACUGUGAGUCUACCCUCUGUGUUUGUUUUGAUUGUUUUUGCUCUUGAGGUUAUUUUGAGUGUGUACGUAUGUUCUCUGUAACCAGUGACCAUCAAACUGCUUAAAUUGCAUAUGGUCUUAUUACUCAGCUGCUACUGCCACUUCCUCUGUUGGAACAUGCCUCCAAACUAAACAUUCUGCACUCCUCUGACAGGGUCCUUUAAAAUAUUGUUUUAGUCUUAAGUUAAUGUUCUUUAAAUCAUCUGCUGACCAACAGUGUCCUCUUAAAAAUGUUGAUGAAUGGCUCAAUAACUAUCCUCAUAUAAUACAGACACUGGUUUACUAAGGCUGACUUAAAAGAGAAGUGUUUUGAUUUCACUCUGUUAUUAAUUGACGAAAUAGUCCAAUAAAUGGAUGUCUAGUAUAAUACUUUCUAUUUGAUUUAAAGGAAGAAUGUGGGACUUUGUGAUCCAGUAGAUGUCGCCCUUGAGCAUCAGCAUGAAACCAAAACAAACUGCUGUUUGGUGACACCACCUCCAUACUGAAGCCUCCGUCCUCCUCCAGAGACACACCUCCAACCGUUCUCCACUCGCGUUAAAUUGAAAUAUAUAUUUCAUUAAAAUGUAGCUAACCAUAUCAAAUUAUUUGUCAUCCCAAUGAUAACAAAAACAGCCUAGAAAGCUAUCACUUUUACUGAUCUAAGGUAAGCUACUCAGUUUUUAGCAGGACUAGUAAACUAGUGGUCUACUAUGAUCUGAUUUGAUACCUUAUUCAUGUUCUACAUUAAACUCAAAUGCAAGAUAUUGAUGGAACAAAAAUAUUUUAAAGGAAGGAAACUUGGAAAAUGUUACAGUAGCUCUCAUUAGCUAGCCUUCACAUGCUAGACUGGGUCCUUUUUGUUUGAGUUUUUGGCUACAUACAAUAAGUUAAAAUGUUGAAAUAACACAGGUGUCAUGAUGUUUCCCAAACUCAGAAAAACAGAUUCAGUGUUUCAAUCAGUGCUGUUUUUGUCUGUAAUCAAAAAUACUAUUCUAUUUGAAGUUUCUGGUUUCAGUUCUUUCCUUAAGGCUUUGUAGCCUUCAGUGGUGUUUUAGUUUCCUUUGCUAAAUGGCUUUCCCUUUCUAUCUACAUGCUCAGCCUCGACUUCUCUUACCUGCAUCUUAGGUGUCCAGCAAACCUUUUCUCAUUUUCUGUAUAUCAUAUUUGAAGCUGAAGUAUGGCUCUGGCAGCAGCUCCUUUUAGGGAAACGUUUGAUUGAGUUUUAAUAUAAGGUUAGGAAGAAGACGCUUUAAUGAGAGGCAGUUAUUUGAAUAAUGUGAGUAUAAAUAAUUCAUGUUUUCAUUGAAUUAAGCACCUUGUAAUUUCUGAUUUUGUUAAGGUGUAUCUUCCUUAAACUUGUGUUUAUGUGUGUUUUUAAAUCCAAAUGCUGUGAUCAGCAUCAUCUGGUUCUCAAUGUAUUUCCAUGUAUAAUAUGGUUGUUGUCUACUCUCUUAGUAUCUGUACGCUGCACAAACAUCAAACAUCAUUCAAACUUUCAAUGUGGGUAAAUUGAUACUAUUUAUUAUUUUUUUCUAUGUGUCUUCCUGAACUAUCGGGGGACUUCUCAGAAUAUAUGGAUGAUGUCAUCAGUUAUCAGUGCCUGUCAUUAGUUCAAGGUUGAGUUUUGAUAGCAGGGUCACUGCUUGGCAGUUUUGAUAUUGGACUUAGCGUUGUUAAAAAUGGUUGUUCACAAUGCUGAGGCUAAUAGGACAAAGAUAUCUAACUGUUAGUUGUCUCACUGAAAAAGAUUAGUUCGAAAAACUGGUAUUGACUUGCACUUGAAUUGGGAUAUUAAUCCCAAAAUAGAAAAAGUAUAAGACACAAUUACUCCUGAAGCAUUACAUGUCCAAAAGCUGCUUCAAAUAUCGAUCGCACAUGUAAGUUUGACUGUAAAUCUGCUCUUUUUUAAACUGUUGUUUCCUUCCUGCUGAUUCCCUUUUGCAAAAUGUCAACUGAUUAAAGUCUCAGCUGCACUGUGCAAAUACAUUUAGAAUAAAAAGUGUUGCAUCUUC